UCGUUCGUAUCAUGCAUAUACUGGGAGGAGAAGCACGACUUCUUCAUCACCAGCGUCGACUGCAUAUACCUGCUCGAGUCCCUGAUCGCAGUGCGCUUUACCGUCGAGGAGAAGAACCGCAUCCGACGCAAUCUCGAGGGGUUCCGGCCACUCACCGUGAGCAAGUGUAAGGUCGAGUCUGCCGAAUUCUUCAAGCUGAUCAUGUCGUUCCCAAACCCAAAGCCGCGCAAUAUCGAAAAGGACGUCAAGGUGUUUCCGUGGCGUAUUCUGCCACUGGCCCUGAAAAAGAUUAUCGGCAAGUAUACGGCCAGCCACAGC